ACGGCUACAGGGAGCUACAGCUGUUCACUAUUUUUGGAAGAAAACAACACGUAGCUCUUCUAUUAACAAAUAUUUUUUGUUUGCAAUAAAAUAAACCGAUGUAGAAUCGUUUGAAGUGUUAAAAAUUCAGCAACAAUGAAUAGCGUCCAAAGAAGAUUAAUAAAACUAACCCUGGUUUUGGCCCUGUUCACUGCAGCGGCAGCCCACGAAGCCAAAGAUUUUGACGAUUCAAUUUUGUACAAAAUUGACUUUGAAGUUCCGGAUUUGAUUGGACAACCAGACUUGGGCAAUCAGCUGCGGACGUUCUACACACCAGACAAGGAGAAGUACGAGUGUCUGAUUCCCACAUUUGAACGCCAGAAGGAGGAGGAGAAGUCCGACAAGCCGGAGUUGUCUCCUAUUAGCCUGUUGCAGCCAAUCUUCUCUGCUCUGACUUGUUCGUACCGCAUCGAGGCCUAUUGGUCGUAUGAAAUCUGCCACGGACAUCAUGUCCGUCAGUAUCAUGAAGAGCGUGAGGGAAAAAACAUCAAGUUCCAAGAAUACUACCUGGGCAAGUGGGGUGACGACAAGACAGAGAUGCUGAGCAAGGCCUGGGCGGCUGAACUGAAGAAUGGCGGCAAGCCCAAGUACAAGACCCUCAAGAUCGACAACACCCGAUAUCCCUACUUCGAGAUGGAGUUCAACGACGGCACCAUGUGCGACAUUAUCGAUGCUCCCCGAACUACAAUGGUGCGCUAUGUAUGCUACCCGCAUGGCAAGGACGAUAUUUACUCAUUCAAGGAGACCUCCUCGUGUAAUUACGAAGCCAUUAUCCUCACCUCCGCGCUGUGCGUCAUCCCUGCCUUCCAUGCCGAGGAGACGAAGGAGCUGUCUAUCAAGUGCUUCAACUCUGAAACUGAGCCCCACAGACCACUGAGUAUGCUUCGUUUGGAGCUAAGUGAGUGGGCUGAAUCUGAGGCCGAUUUACUCCUCUCCAAAGAAAAGGAAAGCAAGCCACCUGCUAAGCUUUGGCCCAAGGCUGAUGGCGACAUGGUGACCUUCAAGUACAGCGGAGAUGUGGAUAAAAUCAUUCUGGAAAUGAUGAGCAAUGGAGACCUCGAGGUCGACGGCGACUACCAAAAGCUUCUGCUAAGCCGAACUGCCGGCGGCUCUGUUCCCACUCCCGUCACCGAUCUGACGCCUAUCAAGGAGUUCGUUUCGGGCAAGAAUUGCUUAGUUGGGGGCAACGGCUGGUGGAAGUAUGAAUUCUGCUACGGACGUCAUGUACGUCAGUUCCACAAGGACAAGAACAGCGAGGUGGAGCUGUUUCUGGGUUAUUUCUCCGAGGAAGCUCAUCGCCAGUGGGCCAAUUCCAAUCCGGAUAAGGGCGCCCGGCGUGCCGGCUUUACAUCCUCCAUCUGGCAUCAUUACGGCAAGGGUACCCACUGCGACCGUACUGGCUUGCCCCGAGAAGUGGACGUCAAGCUUACCUGCACACCGGUUACCACCAGCGGUACUGCCGUGUCCAUGUAUCUGCUGGAGCCGAAGACGUGCCAGUACAUCCUGGUCGUCGAGUCGCCCACAAUAUGUGAUCUCAUGCACUACACGGACGCUCAUGGCCUGGUGAAGCCGGAGAAUCUGCAGAAAGUCCUGACUGCCGACGGCGAGACGCCCGCCACCACAGUUCCAGCACCUAUCACGGGUCAUACGGCCAGCGAGGAGGAGGAGAUUCGCUCUUAGAUUAACUGUAUUCCAGCUCUAGUGAAUUACUUGUAAAAACAUUGAUUGUACUCUUAAAAGACUA